AUGGCAAGACCAGAUUUGUUCUUUGUUAAGCUUCUUGGCAAAGGUUCCUUUGGUUCCGUCAGUCUCUAUCAAGGCCUUCGCUACGACGGCGCUAUGGUCUCCGUUGCCGUUAAGACCUCCGACAGUCAACAUGCAGAGUCUCUCUUCAGAGAGGUACAAAUACUGUCUGAAUUCAAAGGGUGUCCGAGAAUCGUCCAGUGCUACAACACCAGUGUGAAAGGAAGUCUCAACCAAUUUAAUGGUUGCGUGGAGUACAAGAUUCCCUUGGAAUACGCUCCUGGUGGAAGCCUGAUGAGUUUCAACAAAACAUUCAAAGACAAUAAGUUGCCUGAUCCUUUGAUCAGAGACUUUACUCGUAUGCUUCUCCAAGGCUUAGCCACGAUUCACGCACACGGUUACGUACACUGCGACCUCAAACCAGAGAACAUCCUUGUUUUCCCUAGCUACGCCUACAAGAACGGCGCGUGGAGAUCUUCUUUCGAGUUGAAGAUUUCUGAUUUCGGCUUGUCGAGAAGGGAAGGAGACAGUAGCUGGUGGGAACCUAAUCAUCCGUUCGCGGGAACAUCGAUCUACAUGUCUCCGGACUCGGUUUCUUACGGAGAGACAGGGAAAGAUCUCGACUUAUGGUCGUUGGGGUGCUGUGUACUGGAGAUGUACACUGGGGAGGGACCUUGGUGUCAUAAGAACUAUGAAGUGGAUGAUCUCAUGAAUGGCCAAGAGCCGCUGAUUCCAAGCGACCUUCCUUUCGAAGCAAAACUCUUUAUCAUGACUUGCUUUGCGCCUAGGACAAAAGACGCGACAAGAUUGUUGAAGCAUAUAUUCGUGCGUGAAGACGACGGGAACAAGAUCACACAGCCUUCUCCUGUGAGCGAUAAUAUAAAGGCAAAAUCAGCUCUGCAACUGGCGAACUUUGUUAGAAGGAAUGUUUCUACAACCAAAACCAUUCGUGUGCUUGCUGCUGCUCAAGUCAUGCCUAACAAGACCAUCAUGGCCUAG